GGUGUCCAGGCCCUAAUCGGCACUUUUGAUAAUGGGCCUAGCUCUGUUACACUCCUAAUUACAAUUCGAAUUCACAGUGACCUGGAUUUGGCUCUGAUUGGUAUAAUAUGGACCGCUUCCGAAGAUGGAUCGCUCCUACCGCAGAUUAUGAGCCUAUCCAAGAGCCUACAGUCUACGGCGAUGAUCUAGAUACACAGCCCAGACAAACCCAGUCCGGUCCACCUUUCUCAAGGCCUGUAUAUUGGGUGUUCUUUAUAUUGGGAGUAUCAAUGUUAUGGGCAUGGAAUAUGUUUCUCGCUGCCGCACCGUUCUUUCAUCAGCGAUUCCAACAGGAUGAAUGGGCGAUAUCUCACUACCAAUCAUCCAUAUUGUCUGUAUCGACCGUCACCAACCUGGGUUCCGUCUUCGUGCUCGCAAAGCUACAGGAAUCAGCGUCAUAUCCGAGACGGAUUAUCGUAUCGUUAAUGAUCAACAUUGGUAUAUUUACAUUGCUUGCUUUCUCGACGCUUGUGCUCAAGAACGCCCCGGUGUUGGUGUACUUCUGGUUCGUCAUGGUCAUGGUGUUUGGGGCUAGCAUGGCCACGGGAAUCAACCAGAACGGAGUCUUCGCGUACGUCUCGGGUUUCGGGAGAGAGGAAUAUACCCAAGCAAUUAUGAGCGGCCAAGGGGUGGCGGGUGUAUUACCUUGUCUAGCUCAGAUGAUGUCCGGCCUUGCAGUUUCAGAACGUGGAAAGCAGCAGGCACCGGAGGCGUCCUGGAAAUCAGCCUUCGGAUGCUUUAUAACCGCAACAGUCGUCUCAUGUCUGACACUGGUCUCAUUUGUCUGGCUCACAAAGCGACAAUCCCUGCACAUCAUAGACGACGAAUCUGGAUCGACAAACACCGACGACCAAACACCAAUGAAAACAGUGAGCCUAAGGACUCUCUUCUCGAAGCUGCGCCUCUCCGCCAUCUCAAUUUAUCUCUGCUUCGUAAUAACAAUGAUUUUUCCCGUUUAUACUUCCAAAAUCGAGUCCGUCAACGACGGCUCAUCCUCUUCGCGCCUCUUUCACCCGGCCGCCUUCAUCCCUCUAGCAUUCUUCUUCUGGAACGCAGGCGACCUACUCGGCAGAACGCUAGUAAUCAAGCCCCGCUACUCACUAGCUCAUCGUCCCUGGGCUCUCUUUAUACUCGCCAUCGCUCGAUCUGGCUUCAUUCCACUCUACCUGCUCUGCAAUGUCAGCGGUCGGGGAGCCAUAGUCUCAAGCGAUUUCUUCUACCUCUUCAUUGUUCAAGGUCUGUUUGGCAUAACGAAUGGGUAUUUGUCGAGUUGCUGCAUGAUGGGAGCCGGUUACUUCGUCUCGGCAGAAGAACGUGAACCUGCUGGCGGGUUUAUGAGUCUCAUGCUUGUUGCCGGUCUGGCAACAGGCAGCUUGUUGAGUUUCCUUGCUUCUGGAACGUAG